ACCAAAUAAGCUAUAAACUAGCUUAUUUGGCUUACCAAACACAACCUAAAUACUGCAACAUUAGAAUUUAAAUUGGAUUUCCAAAAUAAGUAAGUCAAAGACUUUGACCUAAAUUUUUUAUGAAGUUUCCAUAAAUGAUUUGUUAACCAUCCGCUUUCAAGGCAUAUAGAUGUGCAGAUGUUGACUUACAAGUAAGCGCAAAGUUUCCACGCCCGUCAACGACGACUCCCCCAAAUCCAAUGAAUGAACGCAGCAUCUACAGUCUACACCAACACCACAUACGAAUGAGUCAUCGAUCUAACAUUAACAUGGUUUAGGAGAAGAUCAAUCAAACAAACAAAGAUGACGAUGAUGAUUAUGAGGCUCAUAUCAAAAUUAAGAAUCCCUUCUUUCAUUACUCUCCUCCUCCUCCUCAUCGAUGCCACGUCAUCCACAUUUGUCAUCCACAACAACUGCCCGUACACGAUAUGGGCAGCCGCGGUCCCCGGCGGAGGCCGGCGCCUCGACUCCGGGCAGAAUUGGAUCUUGAACGUUCCCACCAGCACAAACGGCCGACUGUGGGCCCGAACUGGCUGCUCCUUCAAUUCGUCGGGCCAAGGGCGUUGCCAGACCGGCGACUGCGGCGGGCAGCUCGAGUGCCGGGUCCCCGGCGCAGCCCCCAACACACUAGCCGAAUAUGUGCUCGGCCGAUUGAACCAGGAUUAUUUCGACAUAUCUGUGGUGGAUGGGUUUAAUGUCCCCUUGGAAUUCAGUCCUACAAACCCUAACCACAAUUGUUCGACUUACGGCGUAGGGGUUAGGUGUGAUGCGGAUAUCAACGCGCAGUGUCCGGGCGAGCUGCGUGCUCCCGGCGGCUGCAACAAUCCGUGCACAGUUUUCAACACGGACGAGUAUUGUUGUUCUAAUGCAACGGCAGCCAAUUGUGGGCCCACAACAUAUUCCAUGUUUUUCAAGCGAAGGUGUCCAGAUGCUUACACUUAUCCUAGGGACGACGCCAUAAGCCUCUUCACUUGCGCUCCAGGCACCAACACUUACCGCCUGCGCUUCUGCCCCUCCCAACCUCUCCUCACGCGCCCAGCUAUUCCUCCUACGCAAAUUAGUCCUUCCUAUCCUCCUCAAAGUGGUGGUGGCAAUGGCGGUCCUCCUGGUGGUGGUGGUAGUGUUGAUGGCUCAUCAAAAGUCGAUAUUGGGCGACUAGUGGGCAUCAUAAUGGGUGUUACUGUUGCGAGUCUGUUAUUUAUCAUUACCACAAUCUGUUGCAUUAGAAGAAGACAUUUACGAGGCCGUCACAACCUAAACGUCGAGACAUUUCUACUCCAGCACGGAUCUCUGGCUCUCAAGCGCUAUAAAUACACCGAAAUCAAGAAAAUGACCAAAUCCUUGAGCGAGAAGCUAGGACAAGGAGGAUACGGCAGCGUGUACAAAGGAAAGCUACCCGAUGGCAUCCUUGUCGCAGUCAAGCUUUUGACCGAUACAAAUAGCAACGGAGAGGAGUUUAUUAACGAAGUCGCCAGCAUCAGCAGGACUUCCCACGUCAACAUCGUCAAUCUCUUGGGUUUUUGCUUCGACACACAAAAGAGAGCUUUGGUGUACGAGUACAUGCCUAACAAAUCUCUAGACAAGUACAUUGCUGCCGGAUCACUCCAACGCUUGGAUAUUGAAACACUUUAUAAGAUUGCAAUUGGAGUAGCCAAAGGCCUCGAGUAUCUGCACACGGGCUGCAACACCAGGAUUGUUCAUUUCGACAUCAAGCCUCAGAACAUUCUUCUCGACCAAGACUUUUGUCCGAAAAUCUCCGACUUUGGGCUGGCUAAACUGUGCAAGAAGAAGCAGAGUUUGGUGUCCGUGCUUGGGACGAGAGGCACGCCUGGGUACAUUGCUCCAGAAGUCUUCUCCAGAAAUUUCGGAGGAGUUUCGCAUAAAUCGGAUGUUUAUAGCUACGGGAUGAUGGUUCUUGAGAUGGCUGGAGCAAACGCUCUCGUCGUUGGUCAGUCUGAUAUGACUCAGUCGAGCGAGAAUUAUUUUCCUGACGGAAUUUACGAGCGUGUAAUAGAUGAUGUUAAUAAUGGUAUUACCACACAUGAAGACAUAACUUGUUGGAAAAUGCUUUUGGUAGGAUUUUGGUGCAUUCAGACAAACCCAUCGGACAGGCCUCCGAUUUCGAUGGUUGUGGAGAUGUUAGAAGGGAGUUUUCAAUCCAUACAGAUUCCUCCUAAGCCGGUCUUGUUUACUCCUGCUCUGCCCGUCUUACAAGUUUCCUCGUCAUAUUCGUCGUAUGUUGAGACGGCAGAGCAUUCGGCUCAAGCUGCAGUUCAGGCAUAGGUACAAAGAAGUAAUUGUAACUUGUGAAAUUAUUUGGAGUUUCAUAUUCAUUAUUGUUAACCAUCUGUUGUAGGUCAUAAGAUAGGAGAUGAGCAUAUUCUAACUACUAGAAGAAAGAUCAAUUUUUAAAUUGGAUGAAUGCAUUCGGGGCUUGGUCAGAUUUUGAUAUAAAUAUAUGCAGCUCUUCUAUUUUAAUUGAUCUGUUCUUUGCAGUCUAU